CAGACCGAGAACUGGGGGAGCCCAUUAGCCCAACAAGAGUGUGACUUGACGGGCAUCAAUAUCAUCUCAGGAAACGUAUUCGAACCCUAAUAAUUCCAAUCGAUCAUUUCCAACAAUUUCCAACUCCGUGUCCGGUGUCUCUGCAGUCAGCCUAAAUUAGUUCAGGUAGCCGAUCUUUUUAUUGGGUAAGUAAUCUGCAUUUCUGUAAGGUGCCCCUGUAUAGAAAUUGGAAGCUCAGGAAACGUAUUCGAACGCUAAUAAUUCCAAUCGAUCGUUUCCAACAAUUUCCAACUCCGUGUCCGGUGUCUCUGCAGUCAGGUUACUUCGUAAAAGAAAAUUGUUAGUUUCACACAAGUUGAAGUAGAGGGCGCUGAAUCCAGAUCACAUCUGUUAUGGCGAUCGACAAUCUCUUUAAAGAUGAAGCUACUGAAGAGAAAGGGGAGCGUGCCAGAAUGGCAUCAUUUGUUGGUGCUAUGGCAAUUGCUGAUUUGGUCAAGACCACUUUGGGGCCAAAGGGGAUGGAUAAAAUUUUGCAAUCAACAGGUCGAGGUCGCAGUGUGACUGUUACUAAUGAUGGUGCCACUAUUUUAAAGUCUCUUCAUAUUGACAAUCCUGCUGCCAAAGUCCUUGUUGACAUUUCAAAAGUUCAAGAUGAUGAAGUUGGUGAUGGGACCACCUCGGUUGUUGUCUUGGCUGGAGAACUUCUAAGAGAGGCUGAAAAGUUGAUUGCAACAAAGAUUCAUCCGAUGACUAUAAUUGCAGGUUACAGGAUGGCAGCUGAUUGUGCCCGAAGUGCUUUGUUGCAGAGGGUCAUGGACAAUAAAGAGGAUGCAGAGAGAUUCAAAUCAGACUUGAUGAAGAUUGCAAUGACAACUCUGAGUUCAAAAAUCCUUUCUCAAGAUAAGGAGCACUUUGCAAAACUUGCUGUUGACGCUGUUUUGAGGCUUAAGGGAAGUACAAACUUGGAGGCUAUUCAAAUUAUAAAGAAGCCUGGAGGAUCUUUGAAGGAUUCUUUUCUAGAUGAAGGAUUUAUUCUUGACAAGAAAAUAGGCAUUGGCCAACCAAAGCGUAUAGAAAAUGCCAAGAUUUUGGUGGCAAAUACUGCAAUGGACACUGAUAAAGUGAAGAUCUACGGGGCCCGUGUUCGUGUAGAUUCUAUGUCAAGGGUUGCCCAGAUUGAAGGGGCUGAGAAAGAGAAAAUGAAACAGAAGGUGCAGAAGAUCAUAGCACAUGGGAUUAAUUGCUUUGUUAAUAGGCAGUUGAUUUACAAUUUUCCCGAGGAGCUGUUUGCAGAUGCUGGGAUUUUAGCAAUUGAGCAUGCUGAUUUUGAUGGGAUUGAACGUCUUGCUCUGGUAACUGGUGGUGAAAUUGCAUCAACCUUUGACAAUCCAGAAUCAGUUAAGCUUGGCCACUGCAAUCUCAUUGAGGAAAUCAUGAUUGGUGAGGACAAGUUGAUUCACUUUUCUGGGGUUGAAAUGGGUCAAGCUUGUACAAUAGUAUUAAGGGGUGCAAGCUUUCAUGUGCUUGAUGAGGCAGAAAGGUCUCUACAUGAUGCCCUAUGUGUACUCUCCCAAACUGUUGUUGAUAGCAGAGUUUUACUUGGAGGUGGGUGGCCUGAGAUGGUGAUGGCGAAAGAAGUUGAUGAGCUGGCCCGCAAGACUCCUGGAAAGAAGUCUCAUGCAAUUGAGGCAUUUUCACGGGCCCUCCAGGCCAUUCCUACAACUAUUGCAGACAAUGCGGGUUUGGACAGUGCAGAGUUGAUUGCUCAGCUUCGUGCUGAGCAUCACAAGGAGGGGUGUACUGCAGGGAUUGAUGUCAUCUCUGGAGCUGUAGGAGAUAUGGAGAAGCUUGGAAUCUCAGAGUCAUUCAAGGUCAAACAGGCUGUGCUGCUUUCUGCGACUGAAGCUGCUGAGAUGAUACUCAGAGUUGAUGAAAUCAUAACUUGUGCCCCACGGAGAAGAGAAGAUAGAAUGUGAAAACUGGCAGGCAAUUUUGAGCCUCAUAGGCCUGCCCUUUUUGUCUAACCAUAUAUUGUCGUCGGUCCACAGAUUGAGUUCCUGCUACUUGAUCAGGCACGUUAAAAGCUGAUUUAAUGGUGUGUUACUUUACUUCUAUUUUGAGAAACGAAAUUUAUAGGGUGGUGAGUUUCUCUUUUAUUUGGUGUUGGGUGGGGAAUAGGGGUGGGGGUCAACAAUAUGGUCUUUUGAAGAUUGUUGUAGCUUAGACAACACAAGUUUCUCAAGACCUGCAGAUUGGGUUAAAUAGUUAAUUACUUUGUACUUGUCUUGGUUGAAAUGAGGCCACUGUUUUGAAAACAAAGGAUGUUCUGCUGCUUUUUAAGGAUUUUGAUUGGAUUUGUCAUU